ACUGUUAUAACUACACACAAGACAACUGACGAAUCCACACUUAUGACCACACCGCCGGCUACAGUAUCGACAACGCUAGGGACAACUCAAGGACCCACUUCGACACAGACUACAUUAAGUACGACUGAAAGAACGACAAAGCCCACGACCGUUCUGACAACACAAAGCACAACACAAAAAUCCACCCUAGUCACCUCACAGUCCAGUACAUUAUCAACAACGCGACGAACAACCCAAACACCUACAACGAGGCAAACGACAUUGAGAACAAGUUAUAAAACGACAAUGCCUACAACUGUUAUAACUACACACAAGACAACUGACGAAUCCACACUUAUGACCACACCGCCGGCUACAGAAUCGACAACGCUAGGGACAACUCAAGGACCCACUUCGAGGGAAACGACAUUGAGUACAAGUUAUAAAACGACAAUGCCUACAACUGUUAUAACUACACACAAGACAACUGACGAAUCCACACUUGUGACCACACCGCCGGCUACAGUAUCGACAACGCUAGGGACAACUCAAGGACCCACUUCGACACAGACUACAUUAAGUACGACUGAAAGAACGACAAAGCCCACGACCGUUCUGACAACACAAAGCACAACACACACCCUAGUCACCUCAGAGUCCAGUACAUUAUCGACAACGCGACGAACAACCCAAACACCUACAACGAGGCAAACGACAUUGAGUACAAGUUAUAAAACGACAAUGCCUACAACUGUUAUAACUACACACAAGACAACUGACGAAUCCACACUCAUGACCACACCGCCAGCUACAUUAUUGACAACCGACAAAUCCACACUAGUGACCACACAGCCAACUACAUUAUCGACAACGAGACGGACAACCAAACCUACCACUACCGUAACGAUGCAGACUACGUUAAGCACAAGUCAUAAAACAACGAUGCCCCCAACUGUUCUGACUACGCAGAGGACAACCGACGAAUCCACACUAGUGACCACACCGCUAACUACAGUAUCGACAACGCUAGGGACAACUCAAGGACCCACUUCGAGGCAAACGACAUUGAGUACAAGUUAUAAAACGACAAUGCCUACAACUGUUAUAACUACACACAAGACAACUGACGAAUCCACACUUAUGACCACACCGCCGGCUACAGUAUCGACAACGCUAGGGACAACUCAAGGACCCACUUCGACACAGACUACAUUAAGUACGACUGAAAGAACGACAAAGCCCACGACCGUUCUGACAACACAAAGCACAACACAAAAAUCCACCCUAGUCACCUCACAGUCCAGUACAUUAUCGACAACGCGACGAACAACCCAAACACCUACAACGAGGCAAACGACACUGAGUACAAGUUAUAAAACGACAAUGCCUACAACUGUUAUAACUACACACAAGACAACUGACGAAUACACACUCAUGACCACACCGCCAGCUACAUUAUUGACAACCGACAAAUCCACACUAGUGACCACACAGCCAACUACAUUAUCGACAACGCGACGGACAACCAAACCUACCACUACCGUAACGGUAAAAUGGAAAAAUAAACGAAUUUCAUCAUCAUAACAUUUCCCCAAAUCAAG